AUGUUCGUAUCUACGCAAGUACUGCCACCUCCAUAUAUCAGAAGUACUAUUGAGAAAACAGCCAAGUUUGUUUCCAAACACGGUUUGGAGUUUGAAACAAGGAUUAUAGCUUGUAACGUCAAGAGUUCUAUAUUCAAAUUUUUGAGCACCUCAGAUCCUUAUCAUGCCUUUUACCAACACAAACUUUCUGAAUAUCGAGCUCAGAAUCAAAAUGAAUCCGAGGCUACCAAUUUCAAUGAUGAAGAUGAAGAGUAUACAGUUAUACUUCCUGAAGGUAUCACGGACCAGGAGCUUGACACUAUUAAGUUCACAGUACAAGUUGUGGCGCGGAAUGGGAGAUCGUUUUUGGUGGAACUGACGAGAAGAGAGAUUGAUAAUAGUGAACAUCAUUUUCAUUUUAAGAAGGGAAUUCGUAGCAUUUUCAGUUUCGUCGAUGCUUUGGUGGCAAAUCAAGGAGAACACACAGAGUCCAGGGCCAAUGACCCUGAUGGUGUCUAUAGUUUUGAAGACGACCCUGUGGUUGGGAGGUUCAAUAGGUUCGGCACGGAGAUGUCAGCCAUGGUAUCUGCCUUGACACAAGUUGUUUCCGCUCGCUCUCUAACGUCUUAUUCAGUUGAGAGUACUCACUCUUCCUCCUCUUCCGUUGGACAUACGAGAGAAAGGCUUGGAAUCCGUUCAACUAUUCCCUUGUCGACAUCAUCAUUCGAUCGUGUAGAUUCUUCCCUUGGUCCUAUCGAAGAAUCAACAAGCAAAGUGUUACCGGAAGAAGCAAGAGAGAAAAGGAGAAGAUACAGAGGAGUAAGGCAAAGACCGUGGGGAAAAUGGGCAGCUGAGAUACGCGAUCCACAUAAAGCCGCUAGAGUUUGGCUUGGGACGUUCAACACAGCAGAAGCAGCCGCUAGAGCCUACGACGAGGCUGCACUCAGAUUCCGCGGAAGUAAAGCAAAGCUCAAUUUCCCAGAGGAUGCAAGGAUUCUUCCUCCUCCUCCUUCUCUUCUUCUUCCAUCAGCUGAAGCAGUGGCGGAUGAAGGAGGAGAGGAUCUAAGGGAUUAUGGGAGUACUUAUCCCGAGUUGUUGCAAAGCUCAGGCCAAAGGUCACUUUUCGGGGAAGGACAAGAAAAGAGUACCAAUGUAUUAGAACGCUCACCAGAAUCUGGUCCACGUUAUACUGAUGUUUCUAGAUCUUCCCCCGCCUAG